CUUUCCCUUUAUAUUUCAAUCCUUUCAUCAUCGUUGUUGCUCCUUCUCAGUUCCCAUUACCUCUCCACCACCUAAUUUCCUCUCAAACUUCGUGCAUCACACCACUCUUCUACACUAUAUAUAUAAACACACCCACAUCACAAUCCACCCCAUCUGUUAGAUACCAUUUUCCUAAUGGAGUUUCAAACCCCUCUUUGCCUUUUCUUGUUUCUCUUCACUCUUCUUCCAAGCUCCCAAGCCUACCAAUUUACUGUUGGGGGAAGCCAAGGAUGGGUUCCAAACCCUUCCCAGAGUUACAAUCAAUGGGCUGGAAAUAACAGGUUCCAAAUCAAUGACACAAUAGUUUUCAAGUACAAGAAGGGAUCAGACUCGGUUUUGGAAGUGAAGAAAGAUGAUUAUGACAAUUGCAAUAACACAAAGCCAGUUAAGAAAUUUGAAGACGGAGACACAGUGUUCAAGUUUGAUCGAUCAGGACCAUUCUACUUCAUUAGUGGAAAAGAUGGAAACUGUGGAAAGGGUCAAAAAUUGAUCGUUGUUGUGUUGUCCCCAAGAACACCACCAUCACAGUCACCACCACCAAAACCUUCACCUUCCCCGUCUCCAAAUCCAAACCCACCACCAUCGUCCCCACCAACCUCACCAUCUCCGGCGGGUCAACCUCCGACUUCAUCUCCCUCUCCGACACCUACCGUCCAACCUCCGGCGACGUCUCCGGCACCGACUGGAAAAUCACCUUCGCCAUCUCCAUCAGCCACAUCGCCAACUCCGUCUCCGACGGCCUCCACGCCUGGGCCGUCUCCGGCAACUACAUCACCCUCUCCGUCUCCGAUUAUCUCCCCGCCAGCUCCGUCGCCGACUACAUCACCGUCUCCCUCAAGCUCCCCGCCGGCUCCGUCUCCCACAAGCUCCCCGCCAGCUCCGUCUCCGCCUACACCGUCACCUUCUUCUCCGACGGGACCAACUCCGUCGCCAGCGUCUAAUUCAACGGCGCCGCCACCGGGAAGCGGUGGUUCAUCAUCUGUGGCUCCUUCAAGCUUUUGGGUGUAUUUGCUAACUAUGGGUGUUGGUGUUGCGCUGUUGCGUUAUUGAAUCAUUCCUUGUGAAAUUGAAACGGUAGACAUUAAUGGCUGUUGAGUGUUAUUAUAUUAGGACAUGUGUAGGGGUAAUUGCUUUUGGGUUUUAUUGAUCAUUGUUGUUUUCACUUUGAAUUUCGAUAUGAUUUAUUUGCAUGAUUUUGUGAUUAAUAAGCUUUUUCCUUUUCACCCUCGAUAUGAUGAUUUAUUCAUUUUGGUUUUAAUU